UCAGCUCGCUCCGCAGCUCUGCAUCCACCCACGCCUCCUGGGAGUCGUGGCGGCAGCGGGCAGCUCUACAUAAACACCGAGCGGGCUGCCGCUGCCCGGGACUCUCCCGCAGCCACAGGAAGAGGUGGUGCGCUGGAGUCGCACCGCGCAGCCCACGCCUGGGCGCACUAGCCGCGCGCUCUCCUUUACCUCCGCGGCUCGCUCUCUCUUUUGCGGGGCCGGGGCGGCAGCAACAGCGAGUCCUGUCCCUGGAAGGUGACUGCCCGAGACUCUCUCGGACGCCUCCUCCUCUUCCCUUGUCUGCUGUUUCUUCUUUCUCUUCCUCCUCCAUCCCCAUCCCACCCGUGUCUUCUCGAUGGCUCUGGCGGACAGCACACGUGGAUUACCCAACGGAGGCGGCGGCGGCGGGGGCGGCAGCGGCUCUUCGUCGUCUUCUUCGGAGCCGCCUCUGUUUCCCGAGAUCGUGGAACUGAACGUAGGGGGCCAGGUAUAUGUGACCCGGCGCUGCACCGUAGUGUCCGUGCCGGACUCGCUGCUUUGGCGUAUGUUCUCGCAGCAGCAGCCGCAGGAGCUGGCCCGGGACAGCAAAGGACGCUUUUUUCUGGACCGGGACGGCUUUCUUUUCCGCUACAUCUUGGAUUACUUGCGGGACUUGCAGCUUGUGCUGCCCGAUUACUUCCCCGAGCGCAGCCGGUUGCAGCGGGAGGCAGAGUACUUCCAGCUGCCCGAGCUCGUGCGCCGCCUCGGGGCUCCCCAGCAGCCCGGGCCGGGUCCCCCGCCGCCCCAUUCGCGGCGAGGGGUGUACAAAGAGGGCUCCGUGGGGGGAGGAGGGGACGAGCUGUUGCCCCUGGGCUACCUGGAUCCGGAGCAGCAAGAAGGCGCUUCGGCCGGGGCUCCCUCACCCACUCUGGACCUAGCUAGUCGCAGCCCAUCUGGGGGUACCGGGGGCCCGCUGCUCACUCCAUCCCAGUCCCUGGACGGCAGCCGGCGCUCGGGCUACAUCACCAUCGGCUACCGAGGCUCCUAUACCAUCGGGAGGGACGCGCAGGCGGAUGCCAAGUUCCGGCGGGUGGCGAGGAUCACGGUGUGUGGCAAGACAUCUCUGGCCAAGGAGGUGUUUGGGGAGACCCUGAAUGAGAGCCGAGACCCUGAUCGGCCCCCCGAGCGCUACACGUCUCGCUACUACCUCAAGUUCAACUUUCUGGAGCAGGCCUUCGACAAGCUUUCCGAGUCCGGCUUCCACAUGGUGGCCUGCAGCUCCACGGGCACCUGCGCCUUUGCCAGCAGCACAGACCAGAGUGAAGACAAGAUCUGGACCAGCUACACCGAGUACGUCUUCUGCCGGGAAUGAACCAUUUGGACACCCUCCUUCUUUUAGCCAUCUCCCUCCUCUCCUUCCUCCCCCCCUUCCCUGCAUCCCUGAGGGAUAUUAUUUUAUCACUUCGCCCUCCACCUCCAUAACCUCCUUCGUUCCUCAGAGACACCUUCUGUUAUGACUUCUUGUCUAUAAUAGCCCAUCUUAUCCUUUCACUUAGUCCCAGCCCUUGAACUUGAAGUUCAAUUCUUUUCUUUGCUGAUCUUUUAGCCCCGGUUCACAGCUCCUAUCGAGAAGGGUUGAAAGGUUCAUUUCUCUCCUUCCGCUUGGCUAUCAGAUUCCUCUGUCUCAGUACUACUCCGAUCACCACUCCCUCCCCCAUCUUCUUUCCAGCCUAUCUUAAAACCUGGAUCAAGUGAGACAAGGUUAUCACAAAACAGAAAACAACAACAACAACAAAACCCUACCGAACCAAAUACUUUGGACUUGACAACAACGCCUGGAACUGUUCAAACUCGUAUGGGAAAGUAUCCAGGUUGUUGGAGAAAGUAACAUUCCUUGAAAUUUUCUCAAGUGCUUGUGACUCAUAGGUGGUCUAAAAGGUUCAGAAUUGGUAAUGUUAAAAGUCUGAGGAAAGUUGAUGAUUUUAAACCAUGAUAGUGCAGCCUUUUUUUGACUUCCUUUUAAUGAUAGAUUUUCACUGGGUGCAAAGGCUGUUAGAGACUGGGAGUAAGAGAGGCUGUACUGGAAUUUGGGACACAUUGGAUACAAUUGAAUUACUCUAAAUGAAUAAAGUUUUUUAAAAUGUUGAAGGUUAAAGUAAGAAAAGAACAAAUGGCUACAUUUUUAGUUCUCUCCAUUUUCACGUAGAAUAGUCUUUGCCAGCUACUUACACUUGCAGAAAGGGAGCUAGAUGACUGCUUUGCUUCCUGAAGCUGACUUCCCUGGCCCUUCACCAAGAGCACUUUGCUCUACUUUAGUUCACAUGGCAGUCAUUAUUGGCAACAGGGAGAAAUAUUGCUGCCACAGAAGACAAUAAGUAAGCCCAAAUCUGCAGCAUUGCAUGAAAUAAUUUGACAGUGAGUUUAAAAAACAGUAGGAUAGCCGCUAUUUUCAAUGGAAGAGCCAUGAAUAUGAAAAAAAGCACCAGGUGUGGUUGGAGGGCUCUUUUUCUUCCAGCGGGAGGAGAUUUGGUCCUUGCUUAGCUUUAAUUAGCAAGUACAUUGGAAUUAGGGAGAAGAGUCACUUGGUUUGAAAUCUGAACAUUUUUUCCCAUCUGUUUAAGUACAUGCAUGAUUUUGAUGCCAAACAGUGCAGGAAAGCACAUGCUCAGCAAUUUAUAAAGAUGUUAAAUAACAUACAGUAAAACAACAGUUAGUGAAAAAGUAGCUUAUUAAGUUCAUUCUGAUUUCUAGCUUAGAAUUUACUAGUGCUUGUAUGACCUAACCAAAGAACUACCCAGUAGGGUUUUAGUCUUUAAACUUUAUUUCCUCAUUCUGGAGAGGAAUUCUAAAUGAGAAAAUUUAAAAAUCCUCUUUUACUUGAGUAAAAUAUGUUUAAUUUUGGUUACACAUAGAUUUAAGGCCACUUAUUGUUAUUUUCUAAAAGUCAAAUGCUUGUUUGACUGCUGAGUAAAUCUGAAAACAGUAUUUUUGCAUUCUUCUCUCAUCGAAUUUGUUAGAAGAAAGGUGGAAUCUAUCCAGGUAAUUCAUUUGCAGAGAAAUCUAAGUACCAAAUGCUGUCCAGUUGUAGAGACAUAAAAUGAAGUAUUUUAAAAAGAAGACAAAUAAAUGCUUAAAAGUUAUUGGAGCAAUAAAAUGGUAACUUGAGGCUAGUGCAACAGAAUAUAGAAUGAGACCUGGUUGCCUUAUGCCUUUACUCUAAAAUGAAAUAAAUCCCCUUUUGCAUAGCCUAUCUAUGUUAUAAAAGAAAGGAAACUGAUCUUAGCUCCUGAGUAUGUAAGAUGUCAUUCUCUGGAGAUUUCCUGGCCUCCAGGUCUUUCUAUUUUUUUGUUUGUUUCACUACUUUUCUUAGAAGUAUCUUUUGAAAAGAUUUUGUAAAAAGCAAUUUUCAUGAAAAGUAUUUGAAUUUGUGCUUUUUUCUUUAAUUCUUAAAAAAAAAACAAAAUGAAGCUUGUACUGUAUCUUAUUAUGCCCAUUAAUAGAAUUAAGGAUGGAAACAAUUUUAACCUUAGAUGACUUAUGACCCAAUGUACAUAUAGAGUAUAUGAAUAUUUUACGUUCAUCUUUUAAUUUUAAAAUUCAUUUACUAAUGCUAUGAAAUGUCACAAAUUAGCCCAGUCCCUUAUAUCAUGUGCUGUAUAUACUAAGGCACCAUAUUCUGAUCAGUUUCCUUAUUCCCAUUACUGUGAAAAAAUUGAGUAUGAAAGAAAUAUAAUUGUACAACUGAGUUUGGUCCACUAUUAUUUGCUUGAAUCUUAGUCAUCCCUAAAUUUCUAUUGAUUUGAUGCCAUCUUAAAAUUAAGUAUUCUUUUUUUUAAUCUGCCACUUUUUUCUUCUUUUUGAAAUGAGGAUAAUGAGGGUUAGAGUUUUCUAUUAGAAUGUCUGCUUAGCAACAGGUUUUUUUUUUUUCUUUCACAAAGAACUGUUUUUAUGAUAGAAUCAUUGAAUGACAUAAAAUGAUAGGAAUGAGUGAUAAUAUAAGGAAAAUAAUUUCAUUUCUCAGUAUUUUAACUGCUAUCUCAGAUUUGAUAAUUAUUAAAAUGUUAAUCUCACUGCAGUCUGAAGUAAGUUAGUAUUGUUUGUUCAAUGUCUAGUGGACAGAGGUGAACACCACAAAAAAUUAGUAAGGCCAAAUUAUAUUUAUUUAUUGGUUCAUUAGACAAGCAUAUCCAGAACUUAAGUUUUAGCGAUUUAUAUCUGAAACUGAAUUCAGAGAUCAUUGGGUUCAACUCCAUCUCUUUGUGGAUAAGCAAACAGAUCUAGAAAAGUGAAGUGAUUUUAUGGAGGUCUUUUGACUCCAAAUACAGGGUGGUGUUUCCAUUAUACUUAUUCUUUCUUUUAAGGGGGACCUCAAGAGGACAUACUUAACAAUUGAAAGGAUUAGUGGUUUUUAAUGAUUGAAAGAUUCAGUGAUUUUUAUUUAUGUCCACAUACCCAUAAAAUUCCAUCCUAACCAUCCAGCAAGGACUUUCCAUAAGUACUAGGUUCUCAUCUCUCAAACUCAUAUGCCUGUCUUUAUAAAUUUUGUGAAUUGUUAAUCUAUUAAGUCUUAUGGUUGAAUUUGAUAUUUUGUAUAUCUUUUAGUUGGAGAACUAAGGAUUCAAUAGUUAAGAGGAGUUGACUGUGCUUUUCUUAUAAAAAUGAAUCCCUUGCCCUUCAAGUUGGAACUAAGAUGCCCUAAACCAAAACAUAGCCUUUAAUAAAAAACUGCUAAUUUUCUGGUGAAAUUAGACUGUGUUGAUGUUCUACAUAAUUUUGGUAAAGAAGUCUACUCUGAGAUCUGUGUUAUUUGCUUCCCAAACCCUCUAUUCACUUUGAAUUGAGACUGUUAGCUGCAUCUCCACAGAUCAAAACAAAUUGAACGUUGGCAAUCACCUGAUAAAUAUUGACAAUGUUGAUAAUUAAUUUGGGUAAUUCAGGCCUUAGAAAAAUACUUAUGCCUAAACACUUUGGGAAAAAUUGGGAAAGAGGAGAGAGGCAGGGACACUGAUUGUCUAGGUAAUAUUGGCCAUUAUAAAACUAGUUAAGAUUAGAUGAAGAUUAUUCAUGAUGAUCCAUAAAUUCUUUGAUAUUUGGAAGCUCAACUUCUUAAUCAUUAGUUUCAUUUAAAAGUGAAAAGGUGAUGGUGAGGCAUCUUGAGUUCACUAGCAGUUAAAAAAACAGGUACCAUUAUUAUUAAUACUGUUUAAUCUCUUUUGAAACCAUAUGUUUGACAGGAUAUCUAUUUUUAUACAUGUAGAUUAUGAGCCAUAUUCAUCCUAGUUUUUAGACUGAAUGGUGUAGAAAAUAGAAAUCCCUUGAGGAUGUUAGUGACCAAAUUAAAUUUUUUCAAUACUUACUUUACUCUUGUGUUUUAUAUUGGGUUGUAUUUUGAUUAAAGUGUUAAAAAUCUAGAACACAUUGUAUUUGACAUUAUUGUGUUUAUAGCUCUAGCAAGGAAAAAAACUUCCCAAUUCCACAUUCUUGCACAACAUAUUAUAUACAUGGCAGCUUCUCUGAAGAAAUUCAUUAUUAGUUGAGGAAUAUUCACAAUUGGUUUAUUUUCAAGUAAACUCACAAUACAAACUGCUUAUGAUCCAGUUUUCUUUAAUGCAGGGAAUUUUUAUGGAGCUUGGAUAAAGUACUUUCUUUGUGUAGUGCCUAUACAUAUCACUGAAAUCAUACUGAGUUCCCCUCAAAGAAUAGAUAUUAUUCUAAUCUUACAGAAAAAAUCAGUACAUUAUUAAUGGAAGUUAUGAUAAUUUUUAGGAGAAUAUUGUCACAUAGAAAAGUCUUGAUGGAGAAGUAUAAACUCAUGAAAAGUUUCUUUCACAGGCAAAAUUAUUUUAUUUCAGUUGAUUGAAGGUUUACUUUAAUAACAGGCUAUAGAGUAUGAAUGUAUGUUGUGAACCUAUUGAAAAAGAUUCUUUGUCCUGGAUUUUGAAUAAUUAGUCAUUUAUGAUUAUUAAAAGGGCUAUUUUUCUUCACUCUGAAGACAUUUAGAUAGUGGGUGAAAUUUCUUAGAUGGCUUGUUUGAAUCUUUAUUUUUUCAAAAUAAGUCUGUUAUAUACAAAGUCCUCUUUGGUUUCCAAAAGUAAUACUGCUGGCAAAACAACUUCUAGUAAUUAUAGACUAAAAGGUAAAGAUUUUAAUUCUAUUCUGGGGUGUCCUGAAAACUUUAUUUUCAAUAUAGAAAAGAGUAAUUUUGAGUAGGUAGAAUAUGGACAAGUGGAUUUGUAUCUUCAUCUAGGUCAUAUUUUCUAAUAAGUAUGGAGGUAUAAGAACAAUCAUAAUGUAAAAUAAUCCUGUUGCCUUUCUGACUUUAAAAGUAGUUGAAAGUUCCUCUAUUUCUGUUUCAAUACAAAUACCAAAAAUAUGCAAGACUCCAUCAUUGAUGGUUAUUUGAAAGAAGUCAAUGAUCAUACAUAAUUUACAUUUUUUCAUGUAGACUAAUAAUUUGAUAAAUUGAAGAAUUCUCUGCUACUAAUUAGCUAUGUGAAUUUGAACAAAUGAUUUCACUUUUCUGGACCUCAGUUUCUUUAUAUUUAAUGAAAAAUUAGGCUGGAUGGUCUCUAAAGUAGCUUCCCAGCUCCCUACCACUAUAACUCUGUGAAUAAAAGUUGCUGUUCUACUGUCAGCUGAACAAUGUAAAAUUCCCACACAGCAAUUUUUUAUAGCUUUCAGUAGGUUAUUUCAGGUUUUGAGAUCUUUUCCCCUCCUCUUCUAAAUUUUGUGGAAGUGGUAUAUGUCAUUUAAUAUAAAAUUUUAAAUCAUUAUUGUGAACUAAUCAGGAGACCAAGGAAGGGAAAUUACCACUUCAUUUGAUAAUAAGCCGAUUUAAAACCUUUCUCAUUUGUAAAAAGUUAUGGGGAAAAAUUCUUAAGAUGUCUCCUAAAUGUUCUAGAGAUUUUUGUUUUCCAUGUUCACAACUAGUUGUAUAACAUCCUCAAUAGUGUUUCCCUUCUAUUAUUGUGGAGUAAUAAAUCCUUGAUUAUGUGACUUGUUAUGUAUUCUAUUAAAUGCUAAAAGCAAAAUAAUCAUUCACUACUUUAA